AUGGCCAAAUUCGAGUUCCCUUUCAACGACGACGAAGAAGAGUAUACGAGUGAUGAGGAGGAGGGAGACAAGUAUGCAUCUCAUUCGCUACUAGUUCGCCUGGCUUGGAUCAUUUACGCCCUUUUGCCGAUUGUGGCUAUUAUCACCUUUUUGAUAACAUACUAUUCACCAUCUGUUCUGACGUUAUUCAGUUUCAAUGAUGGGCCUAGCAAUCGAUAUUACCCAGAUCUUCCUUCGGGCUACAACAGUGAGUCAGGAAGCUAUGACGAUUACAACGUCGAGUUUUACGAUCUAAAGCAGGUUGCUUCAUCUUCCCCUGACGGAUGGAAUCACCAGGAAAGGGUUCUUUUUUGUGUUCCAUUGAGAGAUGCAGCUCCACAUUUGUCAAUGUUUUUUGGCCAUAUGAGGAACUUGACUUAUCCACAUAAUCUGAUUGACCUCGCAUUCUUGAUCUCUGACACCUCCGAUUCGACCAUCAAAGAUCUGAAGAGGGAACUGAAAAAAAUACAGUCUGAUAAAGACCCCUGGAUGCAUUUCGGGAGAAUUAACAUAUACGAAAAAGACUUCGGACAAAUCAUUGGCCAAUCUUUUUCGGACCGUCAUGGAUUCCAAGCCCAAGGUCCUAGACGUAAGCUGAUGGCGAUUGCUAGAAACUGGCUAUUGGCCACUGCUUUGCGUCCUGAUCAUUCUUGGGUCUACUGGAGAGACGCUGACGUUGAAACAGUGCCGCCUACUAUCAUUGAGGACUUGAUGCAUCACGACAAAGAUGUGAUUGUACCAAAUAUUUGGCGUCCUUUGCCUGAUUGGUUGGGUUACGAACAGCCCUAUGAUCUGAAUUCCUGGCAGGAGAGCGAAGGAGGUAUUGAACUGGCAGAUAAACUGGAUGAAGACGCUGUGAUUGUGGAAGGGUAUCCUGAGUAUGCAACCUGGAGGACACAUCUGGCAUACUUAAGGGACCCAUAUGGUGAUCCUGAGGUUGAGAUGGAACUUGAUGGAAUUGGGGGUGUGUCAAUUCUGAGCAAAGCUCAUGUUUUUCGCAGCGGUGCUAUGUUUCCUGCUUUUUCGUAUCUCAAACACGCAGAGACAGAAGGUUUUGGAAAACUAUGUCGAACAAUGAACUUUUCCGUCAUAGGCUUGCCCCACUACACAAUCUGGCAUAUCUAUGAGCCCUCUACCGAUGACAUCCAACAUAUGAAAUGGAUGGCAGAAGAGGAGACCAACGGACUUGAAAAAGCAAAGAUCCAAAAACUUUAUGAUAAGAUCUGGAUGAAAGCCUUUGAAGAGGUGACUUCAGAAUGGAAUGGUCUAAAAUUCAAUGUUUUCAAGAACACUGACAUUAGAAGGGACGUCAGCAUUGACUGGAGCGAGGUGGAUGAGUAUCUA